UUGUUCAUAUGAUUGGGAGCAAAAUAUUGAAAUUAAAAAUGUGCAGAACUGGUUCGAGUGCUAAAGUGGUGUUUGGUUGUUUUAACGCAGUGUUUUUUGUAAGUAUUUCACUUUAUAAUUGAAAAGUUAAGUACAUAAAAUAAAGAAUAUAUUUCAUAACUUAGAGUAUAUUUGGGUACGUUAUCUGGGUAGGGGCUUACUGCGGUAUUUUGUGAUAUGUUAGCACCAUCCACCGUCGUGUUAUUCAACUAGAUUUAAACAAUACACUACUCUUACCUGAUGCCUCUUUCGUCACAAUUUUAGACAUGUGGUUUCCUCGAAGUAGUGUGUGGAUUCCUGCUACUAUGCGAUUCAAAAAGAAUCCUUCUAUCAAGAUUACUAGCGACGCCUGAAGGAAGUUUAACGCACCCGCCAUUUUACUACCUAGCCUUAGCUUUAUUGGCUGCGGGCCUUGUGAUGUGUGCAACCGGCGCUCUUGGAUGUUGGGCUGCGUAUAUACCGGGAUAUGUAAUCCUGACAAUAUAUUUCCUGGUGGUUCUGUCGCUGUUGCUGUGCGAAUGCGCCGGCGGUAUAAUAGCGGCAAUUUGGCCUCGUUGUCUCGGACUGCAGAACGCCCGCGGCGGCGCUGUCGGUGCAUUGCAAACCUAUUACGCUGUACCUGACUAUGAACAGUUCACGGCGUCUGUGGACCUUGCACAAACAGAGUUGAGAUGCUGUGGGAUUACAGACGCCAGGAACUAUGACAUGUCCAUCUGGCAGCUUCGAAGGUUAGGUCCCCGGGGUAUGUCGGUGCCGCUAAGCUGCUGCGUACAAGACGAGCAAAACAUCUCGUAUCUCAACCCGAUGCCGCUCAACGCUUCCCGUUGUCAAGACAUUCAGCCAAAUCCCACAUACAGAUACGUGCCUGGAUGCUUGGGGAAAUUAGAAGAUUGGUACCAACAACAGUAUUUGGCAUUGAUGUUGAGCGCAUUUAUAUUUGCUUUAAUCAAAAUCGGAAUCUUGCUGAGCACCGUAUUUUCUUGCAUACGUAUUAGGAAAACGAGACAAGUCGUCCAUUCCAUAACAUUCAAGCGCUCAGACAAUAAAAUGAAUGAAAAUAUGUACGAUAAUGGAGCUCACGACGAACCCAUAACGGCGAAGUACAUUCAGCCCAACAACUUUUACAGUCCCAGAGUGCGCAACCCGUGGAUAUUCUCGAACAGGCCGAAUGAGAUGGUAUGAGAAUUAGCAGCGGAGAUAAAUGCUUUAGAGAGAAAACUGGAGAAGUUUUCCGACUGUCUGUAUAGACACCAGGCGGACUCGAUUAUGUGGUGAUACUAUGUUUCCAAUGUUAUGUAAAGCAAUGUAUAUUGACUGCACUCGUGCCAUAACGUACGCCCAUUGUAUGCUAUUUA